AUGGCUUUGGUAGAUACACAGCGUGGAAUAACUAACGGUGCAGAUUCUGGCUCCGCAUUUUCGGAAAUUAUAGAACUAAAUGUUGGUGGCCAGGUUUACGUGACAAGACGCGCAACUUUAAUCGCAGUACCAGACUCUCUGUUAUGGGGCAUGUUCUGGAAGAGCACGCCAAAGGACUUAGCGCGUGAUAGCAAAGGGCGCUUCUUUUUGGACCGAGACGGUUUUCUUUUCCGUUACAUCCUAGAUUACCUGCGGGACCUCAACCUGGUGCUGCCUGAUUAUUUCCCGGAGAAGAAGCGUUUGCAAAGGGAGGCUGAGUUUUUUCAGCUGCGAGAGCUGUGCAAACGCUUGAGUCCUAAAAUAAGCAAGGACGACUCAGUUUGUGAGGAGAGCUGCUAUCAGAGCGAUUCAGAUGAGAUGAUGGCGCACGGUGCCGCGGUAUCCGGUUGGGAUGCGUCGCGCGCGCUUUCCGCACUCAGCGUGGCGCACUCGCCCUCGACGGAAGUCAAAAAGUCGGGCUACAUAACCAUUGGCUACAGGGGCUCGUACACCAUCGGGAGGGACAUUCAGACCGACGCCAAGUUUAGACGCGUGGCGCGCAUCACCGUGUGCGGGAAGACGUCUCUCGCCAAAGAGGUGUUCGGAGACACUCUGAACGAGAGCAGAGACCCGGACAGGCCACCGGAGAGAUACACCUCCCGCUAUUAUCUUAAAUACAACUUCCUGGAGCAGGCUUUCGAUAGACUCAAUGAGUUCGGGUUCCGCAUGGUCGCGUGCAGCUCCACAGGAACGUGCGCUUAUGCGAGCAACGACCCCGGCGAGGAUAAAAUCUGGACGAGUUACACCGAGUAUGUGUUCUCACGGGACUAACACUCACUGGAAAUGUUCAGCUCCAUGUGUAUUUAUCAUUUAUGUGGAAGUGUGCAAACAUGGAGAGGAAAAACAUAAAUAGUGUAUUAGGUUAUUAGAAGUUAGCAUUGUUUCACGGAGUUACUUCAAUACUUGGAUACGCAAAUUCAUUGUUAUGUAAAUUAAGGUCACAAACUAAUGAUUUAGUAAGUUACUGCGUAGUAGUUACUUUAUGGCCACUAAAAUCAUUAAAUACAGGACAUCAGACAUUAAAGAUCUCGAAUUAUUUCAUAUUACACAGGCUAAUAGACUUUUACAGAAACUAUAGAGCACAACAGAGAUAAUGGAUCUAAAACUGUUUACAAUUUUUAACCAUUAAUAUUUAAAAGUCAUUAGGCGCUGUCAUGUCUGUAGGGAAUUUGAGAAGCCUAAAAAAAGAAAUAAGACAAUUUAAACCUUUACUGCUGUAUAUUGGAUGUAUAAAAGCUCUCUUGCAUGAUGUUAGACUGAAGGCAAUGAUUUUGCAAGUAUCAAUAAAGACUUUAUCUCUCUCUCAUCUUUUGUUUAUCAGAUUAGUAAUUCAGCAAGUCUUGCCAUCAAUGUGCAUGCCAUGUUCCAUGUUAAUGUGCAUCCACUGGCUUCUGUACUGUUGUGGUCUGGUGGAAAAAUAUAAAUUGUACACCCGUUUAAAACUGCAGAUUUACUGUUUCUAAACUAUUUAAUUUAUAAGACAUUUUUUUCUUAGGUACUGU